AUGUCGCGCCGUCUCUUCAACCGCGGCCGUGCUGCUGCAUCAUCAGCGAGCACUUCUACCACCACAACCGUCACUACCCUCCCCGACUACGAGCCGCUUUCGUUCCCUCUGUCCGACACUGCCCGGAAGGAACUGACCGACCUCUCCAAUAAUCGUGGCGCUGCGCCGUAUGAGAGCGCACUGAAAGACUCUAUUCGCCAUCUGGGCCUCAGCGUCAGCGAUCUAAACGAGCGGCUACGCAGAGGCCAGGAUCGACUGGCCGCACUCCGUGAGCGCCGAGAGGAAAAGGGUACGGCCAAGACGGCGGAGGAGGAGCGCCUGGAAGAACAGAUUCCGGAGUUUGAGAAGGAGGUGGAGAGGCUCACCCGCGAAUCCGAGCGCGCUCUCAGAGACUUGGUUGAUCGGAAAGCUGAACUGGAGGACGAGGCCGCCAUUUUGGAGGACCUCAGCACUACAGCCACCACAAGCACAAUAGCCCAGGCGAGAGGCGCAGGCGCUUCUCAAAGCCGACGGAGACCGGCCAACAUGGUCGGCAGUGAUGGCGAGGACGAAGAAGACCAAAAAGGCAACAUCGAAGAGGAACAAGCCGUAACCAGCGUCAUCGAUACCUUCCGCGAGCUCCGCGCAAAGAAGAGGGCCGAGUACAACGGUCUCAGCGUCCACCAGCGAUACGCCCUCAACAACGACUACGCGGGCUUCAAGAAGCUGUGGCACGAAGCCGCAGCGGGGGAAGAUGGACCGCCGCUGCCAGACGCCUCCAGAUGGUUUUCGUCGAAUGGCGAACCGGACAUGACUGUUCCUAGCCGGGAUGGACAGAACGGUGCCUUUGACGACGACGACGACGUAGCUGUCUCGCGCGAAAACCUUAGCAUCAACUGUCCACUGACUCUCCUCCCCAUGAAGGAGCCGUACAGGAGCCGCAAGUGUCCGCAUACUUUUGAAAAGGCAGCCAUUUUGGAUUACCUGCCGCUCCGAGAAGAGCGCCAGUGUCCUCAGACGGGCUGUUCUCAGACAUUUUCUCGUGCUCGCUUCGAGCAUGACUUUUACUUGGACGAAGCCAUGAAGCGAAGGAUCCAGCGCUGGCAGCAGGCGGAACGAGAACAGCGUGAUAUGGACGAUGAGGACGAC